UCAGCAGCUCUUUUUUUUCUGCUGGUCCUUGGAGCAAUAACUUCACUAAACCCAGCUGGGAGGAGUGAAAAAUGAGAUCUGAGCUCCGUGGUUGAGUGCCUGGUUACCUUUGAUCCAGCCUGGCAAGUAAACCAGGAGGAGAAAAAAAAAAAAAAAAAAAGGAAGAAAAAAUAAAUCCCUGGCAUGCUGACUCAGCAGCUUUCACACUGUAAGCUUUGAACUGUAAACACAGCUUCUGCACCUACCACAUUCCCAGCUAGAAAGCACCUUCUUGUCACUUUUUAGCCUCCAGCAAGUCACUCCAUGAGCACUAGGAAUGCAAAAACCAGCUCUGGAGGUGAGGAAGAAGCUCCAGGAACGAGGAACGUGGAGCAGAACGGCCACAUGGGAGAGAUGAGGAGAGGACAAGUGAUCCUUGGUGCCUACCUGAUUGCCACCCUAGAGCUGACCUUCCUCUUCAUGCAGAUAGGAGUCAUGCCUUACUUGGCAAAGAGCCUAGGUUUGGAUUCAGUGGGGUUUGGCUACCUCCAGACAACCUUUGGUGUUCUCCAGCUUGUGGGAGGUCCCAUUUUUGGAAGGUUUGCAGAUCGUUUUGGCACCCGAAAUGCCUUAAUUCUCUCCUGUGCCUCUGGAAGUGCCUUCUUUCUGCUCACGUCCAUCUCCACCAACAUCCCCCUCCUCUUCCUCUCCAGGCUGCCAGCAGUGUUCAUGCAUGGGUUACCAGGUGCUCAGAAACUUAUUACAGACCUCACUACUCCUUCCCAACGUGCUGGGGCUUUGGGGAAGCUGGGGCUUUGCUUUGGAAUAGGCAUUAUCCUUGGUUCUGCCCUGGGAGGUGUCCUCUCCACUAAGUUUGGCAUUUUUGUUCCUGCAUAUGUUGGGCUGGUAGGAAGUCUUUUAAAUAUCAUUAUAGCAAUGGUUUGGAUCCCUUUGCAGACUAAACCAACAUCAGCCCAUGGUGUGACAGAGCACAGCACAUCAGAGGCUGGCAGCAUGUUCAGCAUCAGAGAAAUCCUGCGCCUGAUGAAGUUCCCAGGAGUAACAGAAGUUUUCAUAGUCAAGGUCUUUGCUGGACUUCCCAUAGGUUUUUUCCUGAUUAUGUUUUCCAUCAUCUCUAUGGAUUUCUUUGGCUUGGAAGCAGUGGAGUCUGGAUACCUGAUGUCAUAUUUUGGUGUCCUUCAAAUGGUUGUCCAGGGUCUGGUUGUUGGAAAACUCACUACUCACUUCACAGAGAGGACCCUGCUCAGGCUCAGUGUCUUCGUCUUCGCCGGCGUUGGCCUGGCCAUGGCCCUGAUGAGGACCGUGUGGCACUACUGCAUCAUUGCAGUGCCUCUGGUGUUUGCCUUCAGCCUGCUGGGCACCAUCACUGACAGCAUCCUCACCAAGGCUGUUCCCUCCUCUGACACUGGUACCAUGCUUGGGAUUUGUGCCUCGGUGCAGCCCUUGACCCGGACAGUGGGCCCGACCAUCGGGGGUGUUUUAUACAAACAAUUUGGAGUUUCUUCCUUUGGCUAUUUACAGCUAAUUGUCAAUAUAGGUUUGUUUGUUUACCUCUUAAAGAGUAAAAUCCCACUGAGAGAGCUGAAAAGCCAAUAAUUCCAUCGCAAGCCAGCAACCCCCUUACUUUUCCCAUAGAAACGAAGUUGUUCUUGUGUUUUAUUUUUUAUUCCGUAAACGUGAAAUAAAACCAUUUGAA